AUGUACUUUCACGGCGCUCGCUUCUCCAAUUAUGAAGCAUUGCUAGGCGAUCCUACUCACAUUAAACCUAGUGCUCAGGUAGUUUGGCCGAUAGUAGGCCAAGAAAUUUUGAAUGGAGAUGUGGGUGGAGGUUUUCGAGGAAUACAAAUAACCUCUGGGUUCUUCCAGAUUUGGCGAGCAUCUGGAAUAAUUAGUGAAUUGCAACUUUACUACACCGCAAUUGGUGCAUUGAUCUUUAUUCGAAUACUCGACUGCACCUACCUACGACUCAAAUUAGAUGCUUUGACUGAAUUCACUGCCACCAACGAGAGAGCUAGUGCUUUUCUUGCAGAAUCUACAAAUGCUAUUAGAGCAGCUGAGAGUUCUUGGAUGGGGAGCAGAUUUGUGAAAAGAUUUUUGCAAGGAGAAAGGCAGCCGGCGUCUGCAAACAGACACGGCAGGCAGCCGAGUGUCCAAAUUCUCAGCCGGCUCGGCAAAAGAAUAUACUGGCACUUAGAUAAUAUAAGAUUUAACGCUUCGGAUUCCCCGAAUCAUUUUCUUGCAGAUUCAAAAUCAAACCAGAUCGACAGAAACGAAGAAAUGCUUCCUCUUAACUUCAACUCAUCUAUCAAUUCUUCAGCCAUAAUAAGUUGCUGGAAAACCAGUUUAAAGAAGUCUUCCGAAAGCCUUAGCAUGGAAAUGGUUUCUGAUAGAAAGGAUAGUCCUAAAAGAGAUGAAAAAGACAUUAAAAAAACUAUGAAGGGAAAUCCAAAAGCUCUCUCUCUUCCACUCUAUAGUAUUUUCUCCUUUGCAGAUGCCCUUGAUUGCCUUCUCAUACUUGUGGGAACGCUUGGAGCAGUUGGAACGGGUCUUGUCCUUCCCAUCUACCUUUUAUUAUUCAUUAGAGUUGUGAACGAAAUAGGGCUAAAUACAGAUAAAGUGCCUCAGUAUGCCUUGCAUAUAGUUUAUCUCGCUAUAGCAGCAUUUGUUGUUGCAUGGGCAGAGAUAUCGUGUUGGAUGUAUACUGCAGAGAGACAAACUACAAAGAUGAGAUAUAAAUAUCUAGAAGCCAUAUUGAAGCAGGAUGUGGCAGUGUUUGAUACACAGAUAAGGACUGGAGCUAUUCUCGACAGCUUUUCUACUGAUUUUCUUCUUAUCCAGGAGUCUCUUGGUGAUAAGAUGGCCAGCUUUGUGUCCCACCUAGCAACAGUCCUUGCUGGGUUUUCUUUAUCGCUGAGUUAUGAAUGGAGUGUGGGUCUGGUUGUUCUUGCCAUAGUACCACUGGUCGUUGCAAUAGGGGCACUAUAUGCAUCUCUUCUUUCCAAAUUGACUUAUAAAGGUCAAACGGCACUAGGGGUCGCGGCAACCAUUGCCGAAGAAGUGCUUUCACAAAUUCGAACCGUUUAUUCCUAUGUUGGGGAAUCCAAAGCCAUGGAAUCUUAUUCAAAAAAGCUAAAAACUACAGUUGGGCUGGGUUACCAAGAGGGACUUGUUAAAGGUGUUGGAGUGGGUAUUGUAAAAGCCAUAGUUUAUGCUUCAUGGGGCAUGCUUUGCUGGUAUGCGGGAAAACUAUUGAGGAAUGGCAUUUCUAACGUUGGCAAUACUCUGACCUCGAUUUUUAACAUGCUUUUGGGAGUAGUAUCCAUAGGGUACGUGGUAUCGACCCUAACAUUCAUAGUAAAGGGAGGGGCUGCAUAUAACAAAAUAAUGGAGAUCAUUAAUCAGACACCAAUCUUGAAAGACAGUUUGAUUGAUGGGCUUGAAGCAGAUCAACUGGAAGGCAUCAUCGAAUUUAAGAAUGUUGGCUUCAGCUAUCCCUCACGUCCUGAUGCAAUUGUUUUACAAAAUCUUAAUUUGCUGAUACCUGCAAGAAAAACAGUAGCUCUCGUUGGUAGCAGUGGCUCCGGAAAGAGCACUAUGAUUUCUCUUUUGGAAAAGUUUUAUGAACCUACUCAAGGAGAAAUAAUGGUAGAUGGGCUUGACAUUAAAGGCCUAAAAACAGUGUGGCUAAGACAACAGAUGGGCCUGGUAAGUCAGGAGCCUGUUCUGUUUUCAACUAGUAUAAAGGAAAACAUAUUGUAUGGAAAGGAGGAUGCGAACAAAGAAGAAGUGAUGGCGGCUGCAAAGGCUUCCAAUGCCCAUGAUUUUAUUACCAACUUUCCCGAAGGAUAUGAGACCAAGGUUGGAGAAAAAGGAGUACAACUUUCUGGAGGGCAGAAACAAAGAAUUGCACUGGCAAGAGCAAUUGUGAAGAAUCCAAAGAUCUUACUGUUGGAUGAAGCCACUAGUGCCCUUGAUUCUGCUUCUGAGCGUCUCGUCCAGCAAGCACUCGAUGAGCUUAUGAUUGGCAGAACAACAGUGGUGAUAGCACACCGCUUAUCUACUAUUAAGAACGUCGAUACCAUAGCAGUUAUAAAAGAUGGGUGUAUUGUGGAAAUGGGAAGCCAUGAUCAACUAAUGGCCAAAAAAGGUGGAGGCGCAUAUUUUUCUCUGGUAAACUUGCAGGCAAUAGAUUACACCAAUAAUGAGAUAGAGCAGACAGUACAGGUGAUGCCAAAUCCAAGUGAGAAACAAGAUCCAAGUAUAGAAGCACAUAUAUAUGAAAGCAAUGAGAAUGAAACAAAGAUAGUUUCAAAGAUGGGGUCAGAAGUUAUGACAUCCAAGGGUUCCACCUGGAGAUUGUUAAAAAUGAGUGCAGUAGAUUGGCCAUAUGCAAUUAUGGGCAUGAUUGGGUCCACAAUUUUGGGUUGUCUUAUUCCACUACUUGCUCUAUUUAUGGCUAAAUCAAUGGCAAUUUUCUUCAUAAAGAAUCAUUCUGAAAUGGAGCGCAAGAUUGUGAUAAAUACCAUGGUGUAUUUAGGCAUUGCUCUCACUGCAUUUUUGGGCAAUGCUUUGCAACAGUUUUGCCUUGGGAUAAUCGGGACAAAUUUAAGCAAACAAGUUCGAGAGAAGAUGCUUGCAGCCAUUUUGCGUAAUGAAAUAGCUUGGUUUGAUAAAGAUGAGAACGGUAGCCUUCAAAUCUCCUCGCGAAUUUCUUCGGAUGGGACUCACGUAAAGGCUGUAAUUGAAGAAUUGUUUGUCAUUUCUCAGAACUUGAUCAAUAUGGUUGCUUCCAUCAUAAUAUGCUUUACAGCUCAGUGGCAAUUCAGCUUAGUCCUCCUCGCCACAUACCCCAUUCUUGCUGCGGGAAACAUUGCUCAGAAAAUGUCAGCUAACGGAUUUGGUGGGGAUCAAGCCAAGGCGCACAACGAAGCCACCGUUGUGGCAGGCGAAGCAGUGAGCAAUAUCAGAACACUAAUAGCAUUCAACGCAGAGAAGAAAGUUCUGUCUUUAUUUCAGAAUUUGCUCUCUAAUCCUGUGAGACGAAGCUUCAGAAGAGGCCAAAUCGCAGGUUUGAUAUAUGGGCUUUCUCAGCUGGGCUUGUAUUGCUCAUAUGCUUUGGCUCUUUGGAAUGCCUCAAGACUUGUUCUUAAUGGAACGACCACCUUUUCUCAAGUUAUUGUGGCAUAUAUGGUACUGAAUCUUGCUUCCUAUACACUCUCUGAUACAAUGACUUUAGCUCCAGAUGUUGUUAAAAGCACGCAAGCUGUGAAGUCGAUCUUCAAAAUCCUUGACAGGCAGACACAGAUGGAGCCAGAAGAUCCACAGGCAAUCAAUGUCCAACUCUUGAAGGGAGACAUAGAGUUCAGGAAAGUAAAAUUUUGUUAUCCUAAUCGACCACAAGUUGUAGUUUUUGAAAACCUAGAGCUGAAAUUGGAGGCAGGAAAAAGCUUAGCCCUUGUGGGAUCCAGUGGGUGCGGUAAGAGCUCCAUCAUUGCACUAAUCGAGAGAUUUUAUGACCCAACUGAAGGAACUGUUUCGAUUGAUGAAAUGGACAUCAGGAGUUAUCAUCUACGCUCUCUGAGACUGAAGAUUUCACUGGUGCAGCAAGAGUCUGCUCUUUUUGCUACUUCCAUCAGAGAUAACAUUGUGUAUGGAAAGGAAAACGCAACAGAAGAAGAGGUGAUUAAUGCUGCGAGAAUCGCAAAUGCCCAUGAGUUUAUCAGCAAAUUGCCUGACGGGUAUGGGACUUUGGUGGGUGAGAGAGGAGUGGAAAUGUCAGGAGGGCAGAAACAGAGAUUGGCAAUAGCAAGGGCAGUACUGAAGAAUCCUGCAAUCCUGCUUUUGGAUGAGGCUACCAGUGGAUUGGAUGCAGAGUCAGAGAGGGUUGUGCAGGAGGCCUUGGAGAGGGUGAUGGAAGGCAGAACAUCCAUUGUUGUUGCUCAUCGUCUCUCCACUAUAAAAAAUGUGACCUCCAUUGCAGUGGUGAAGGAGGGAAGGAUUGCAGAAAGGGGAUCUCAUGCAGAGCUCAUGGCCACACCUCAUGGCGAAUACAGCAGAUUGCUCAAUCUUAAGGCUAGCCAUCAAGCAGCAUCGAUUGAGCAAUAG